UUGCGUACCGAAACCGCUCCCAGUUUCCCGGAAUUCGAUAAACUGAAACCGGGAAACGGACGGAGCCAACACUAUAAGAGUCUCUAGGGCCUCUCCAAGGAGGAGACAGUGGAUCUUCAAAAUGUGCCUUGUUUUCUUCUUCUGGCACCCUAAGUCCCCAAACUCUAGCAGAAGGGCUCGAAAUCGUCUUAGAAAUCGUGCUCUCAGUCCCGCUCCAGCCUACAGCAGCACACCAAGCUCCCCUUCUCAGCUUCAGGUUGAACUCAUCCCAUCCGAUCAAGAAAAUGGAUCGCUCCAACAGAUGGCUAUUCGACCAAUUCAAGGCUUUGCUGUGCGGCAAGGUCUGAGGAGAAUUAGGCGUUCAAUCUAUAACUCUGGGAAUGAAUGA